AUGACAAGUUUAGAAAAAGAAAGAAGAAAGUCAAUAUCUUAUGAUUCAAAAUAUGGUAAUUCUAAAGGAGUAAAAAGUAUCUCAUCCGAUGAUUAUCAAAAACCAAAUGGUGCCAGUACUAGUAAUAGUAAUUUUUUCAAUAAAAAGAAACAUCAAAGAUUUACCAGUGUAGCUCCUGCUAAAUCAAACUCAUUAAACAAUAGUAGCAGUAGUAAUAGUACCUAUAGUAGCAGUAGCAGUAGCAACAGUAGCACCUAUACCAAUAAAAGCAAUAGCAGCUACAGUAGCAAUAAUAAUAAAGAGAAUAAUGCUUCAGGUAAUAUGCCACCCUUAUAUUCAACAACCCAUACAACAGCAACAUCAAGAACAAACGCUCCAAUUGCAAACCCAAGCAGUCCAAAUGAUGCUACUAGCCCCAACAAGUCAAGAAUGAAGAGACUUUCGCUAACGGUUUCGAUCACAUCACAAAUGUACCUUGAAAAGAUGGGUAAAGCAUCAUCAUCAAAUAUAGAUUCCGAGGAUAUUAAAAAAAUGAAAAAUUCAUUAUCUGAAAUUAAAAAAGAUUGUAAAUUAGUAAUGACCAAAGGAAAGCAAUCAGUUUUAACUGUUGAAAAACAAUCAAAUAAAUUUGGUGAAACUAUACUCGGAGUUGGUAACGGUUUUUUAAAAGGCACAAAUGAAGGUGAAGCUUUAUGUGCAUUAGGUGAGCAAAUUGCAGAAUUUGAUGAAUCAAUUAAAGAAGGUACAAUGGGUUGUAUGGGUUCAUUUAUUGAACCAUUAAAUAAAUUUUAUGAUGAGGAUAUUAAAAAAGCAAGAGAUUUAAAAAAGAAACAAAAUUUAGCAAGAAUUAAAUUUGAACAUGCUGAAUUAACAUAUAAUGAUAUAAAGAAAAAAAAUGAUUUAUAUUCAAAUAAAACUAUGGGCGCAAAGAACGAAAUGGAAGAAUCAAAGAAAAUUUAUACCGAAACCACAAAAGAUUUUUAUAAGAAAAUGGUAGAGAAUGAAAAGAACUUUAAACUCGAACUUAGAAAACAAAUUAGAGACUAUGUUCAAAUGCAAGUAGAGUUUUAUAGAGAAAUGUUAGAAAAUUGGGAAGAGUUUGCAGAAGAAAUUGACGAAAUUAUACCAGCUGAUGAUGCCGAAAUUGCUCAAAGAGAAGAGGAAAUGAGAAAAAGAAUUGAAGCCGGUGAAGAUGAUGACUCUGAUGGUGAAAACGAUGACGACUUAUUGGCAGAUCUUUAA